AUGAGGAGCGUGGUGACGUGGACGGUGAUGGUCAGUGGGUAUGCUGCCAACGGGGAGAUGGAGGCUGCCCGGGAUGUGUUUGAGAAAAUGCCCAAGAGGAAUUUCUACGUGUGGUCGGUUUUGAUCAUGGGGUAUUUCAGGGCAGGAGAUUUUGUAAAGGCUCGACAGGUUUUCGAUGAUGCAGGGUCAUGGAAUGUCGUGGUUUGGAACUCGUUGAUUUCAGGAUACGCGCAGAAUGGGAUGUGUGAGGAGGUUUUUGAUGCUUUUCGGAAAAUGCGGGAAGAAGGGUUCAAGCCUGACGAGGUCACAUUGGCCAGUGUUUUGUCUGCUUGUGCUCAGUCGGGGAGAUUGGAUAUUGGGAGAGAGAUUCACAGGAUUAUUUACGUAAAUAGGAUUGAGAUGAACGAGUUCAUUUUGAAUGGAUUGGUUGACAUGUACGCAAAAUGCGGGGACUUGGAAAACGCGAGAUCAAUCUUUCACGAGGUACCAAGGAGAAAUACAUCAACUUGGAAUAGUUUGAUCACAGGAUAUGCCAUUCACGGGAGAAGUCGGGAGGCGGUUGAAAUUUUUGGGACAAUGGAGGGCUCGGGCGAAAAACCUGACUCCGUGACUUUUCUCUCCGUUUUAUCGGCUUGCGCGCAUGGAGGUUUUCUGGAUGUGGGCUUGGAAUCUUUCUCCAAGAUGAAGAUAUAUGGUUUGAAACCGAACAUGAAGCAUUAUGGUUGUCUGGUUGAUCUUUUGGGUCGAGCUGGUAGACUUCAGGAUGCUUUUGAGGUCAUCAAGGGUAUGCCUAUGACCCCAAAUGAUAAGGUUCUAGGGGCUAUGCUCGGUGCAUGUCGGAUAUAUUCGGAUGCAACUAUGGCAGCGAAUGUGAUGGAAUUGGUUGGCAAGUUGAAGACCAAAUAUGGUUUGGCUAAUGAUAAGCAUUAUGUGCUCUUGUCGAGCAUGUAUGCAGAGUCUGAAAGAUGGGCAAUGUCAGAAGGGGCUCGUGUCGUGUUUCAUUCUACGGGGGCUGAGAAAACACCGGGACAUAGUGCACUUGUUAUUUGA